CAAUGACGGUGCGUUUGUCGAGAGACUGAAUCGCGCUCAGAUCUGGGUCCAGACUCUGAGACUCGGAGUUUAAUAGCUGGAGACUCGGACGGAGAUCAGCUGACGGACCGCCAACCCGAGGACGAACCGGUCUCAGUUCAGGAUGGACAGGAAGCAGUGCUGCGUGAAGCUGUCGGUCCAGCCGUCCAGAGGACUCAUGGAUGAGAAGUUCACAGUCCUGGUCCAGAAUGUCUCGCCUGGUUUCCAGCUCACCGUCCACGCCCUCCACCAGUGUGAAGACGGACACAGCUGGGAGGCGUUCGGUCACUACACUGCCGACGCCACCGGGACCGUGAACGUUUCAGAGGAUCCCAGUCUGGGUGGGACGUAUUCUGGGGUUGAACCGAUGGGCCUCCUUUGGAGCCUCAGACCGGUUCCAGGCAGCAAAUCUGGACUCAGGAUGAGGAAGAUGAAUGUCCAGACUCCCAUGGAGGUCACAACCUCAGUGUACCAGGGUCACCAGACUAAGGGGUUCGUGGAUCAGGUGCCGCUGGCUGGGGUGGUGGUGGAGCGCUGGUACAUGGCUCCUGGGGUCCGCAGGAUCCCGAUCACAGAGGACGAACUCACUGCGACGCUUUUCCUGCCGCCAGGACCUGGACCUUUCCCCGGCCUCCUGGACCUGUGGGGGGGUGGAGGGAAGCUGGUGGAGUACCGGGCAGCGCUGUUGGCCUCCCAUGGCUUCGCCUCCCUGGCUCUUGACUACCUGACGCCUAAAAUCACCAUGGAAACUGGGAAAAUGGUGGACAACAAGUACUUUGAGACGGCCUACAGAGUCCUGCAGCAGCACCCUCAGGUCCUCGGCAGCAGGAUCGCCAUGUUGGGCCUUUCCUUUGGCACCAGCAUCACCCUCAAAAUGGCUGCGUACUCCCAGGUUGUAAAGCUCAGCUGUGCGGUGUGUAUUAGUGGGAGUCACGUGCAGCCGGUUGAUGGAUCUGUUGAACAAAUCCUGGGUUUCUUUAAUGAAAACGCAGAGAAGACUCGCUUCAACGAGGAGAACCAGGCGAUCUGGAGAGAGCUGCUGCUGCCCAUCCCCACCAACCCCGCACUCAAAGUGGACGUUGGACGAAUCCAGUGUCCUCUGUUGCUGGUUGUGGGUGAGGACGAUCAGAACUGGCCCGCCCACGAAUCUGCAGCGGACAUGAAGGAGAUGAUGGAACGUGCAGGGAACAGCCACCUGCUGACAGUCCUGUCGUACCCGAACGCCGGUCACCUGAUCGAACCUCCGUACACCCCGCAUGCCCGAGCCAGCGCCUUCAGAACCGUCAACGUGCGCCAGAAGUUGACGGCUCUGUGGGGCGGACAGACGGUGGAGCAUUCUCGUGCUCAGGAGGACUCCUGGAGGAAGAUGCUGGUCUUUCUGAGGGAGAAUCUGUACGGCAGCAGAAACCCUGGUGCAACCUCUUUUUCCCACCUGUAAUCAAGGUGACAACUUCUAGACACAGAGUUCCUAAAUGAGAGGAGUUAUUUUGGGGCGUUCCAGGUUUUGGAAGUAAAAAUCCCAUAAACUGUAGUUGAAACACGUCUGUUCUUUGGAUUAGCAUGAAACUUACCUGAUUGAUUCAUCAGUACGAGUGUGAUUGAUUGCUGAUUUGAAUAUUUCUGAAGCUGCUCAUCUCCUUGGAUUUUCACACACAACAGUCUGUUAUCACACACACACACACUUAAACCAAAAACAUCCAAUGAGCGACUGCAGGCAGAAACACCUGGUUGAUGCGAGAGGUCAGAGGUCAUACUGGUUGGAGCGGACAGAAAGGACACGGUAACUCAGAUAAUCACUCUGUACAGCUGUGCUGAGCAGAAAAGCAUCUCAGGAUGAACAACACGUCCAACCUUGGAUGGUGGAUGGACUACAACAGCAGAGACCAGGUUCCAGUCCUGUCAGCCAAGGCCCGAGACCUGAGGCUGCAGUGGGGACAGGUUCACCAAAACUGAAGCUGAAGACUGGAAAAACAUAGCCUGGCCUGGUAUCAACAGCAUGAAUCCAUGGACCCAAGCUGCUUUGUGUCAACCGUUCAGGCUGGUGGUGGUGGUGGCCUGUCUGAGUAAUGUUGCUGAUCAUGUUCAUCCCUUCAUGGCCACAGUUUAUCAUCUUCCAGCAGGAUAAUGCUCCAUGUCACAGAGCAGAAGUCGUCUCAAACUGGUUUUCAACAACGAGAUGUGGUAGAACAGGAGCAGCUUGAAUGUGCAGCUGACAGAUCUGCAGAAACGAUGUGACACAAUCAUGUAAACAUGCAAUCAAAAGUUUUUAUUUGUCAGUAAAACACACUGAGCUGCCACCGUCACUAAGUGUUUUGAAUUCAGUACGGCUGUGAUUCUCUGGCUUCUUCAUGGCAACAGUGCCCGAGGUUCAUGGGUAUUGUAGUAUCCAGAGUUGACAUGUAAUUGUUAGUACCUGUGCAGGCUGGAAACCACCCUUUCACAUCUUGACACCCGAUGCUGGCACUUUACUGUAACUUCUUAUUCCUUAAAAACAAGGACACAAACGCACCUUUAGAUGUUUAAUUAUCAGUUUAAAAUUCCACUUUUUGAUGACAUCGAGUUCUUGUUCCUUUCUUGUUCUUUAAAUUAAACCCACUCACUGCAGGCGGGAUUUUUUUUCUGAUUAAUCUUUUAUUGUAAAAAAAAAAUGUGCGAGGUUUCCCAGAUUUUUAUGGAUAAACGACAUCUGAU